AACUGCAGCCAAGAAACUCUCAAAAGCUGCUUCCACUGCCUGCUGGGAUUCCAAGGCUGCUUUCAUUCUUCCCCUGCUGGAACUUGCUGCUCCAAAGACAAGAGGGAAGCUGGACUCAGCUAAUUACGUUGGAGGAUUAAUUACAUUGCCAUGGUCUCCAUGUGAUACUGGAUUGAUUUUUAUUUUUUAUUUUUUUAUUUUUAAACACAACUGGACAGGGUUUUUUCCCUCCAUCUUUUCUCUGCACACACACACACACAGUGGAGAUGUUGCAAACAGUGUGCAUGAGUCCUGAGCUCCUUGUCCACCCAAACAUGAGUGAAAGUGAAAUCUGUGGCUACAGCCCAGGCCAGGGAUCCCCACUGCCUGGAGAAACUGCCAGUCCCAAGAGCUGCUUCCAGCAGAGCCCAUCUCUGCCAGACUCUGGAUUAACUGAGCUCAACGUUGCGAGUCCCAAGAUCUACCACCCUCCUCCUCCUCCCUGCAAACCUCCAGGGAUGCCUGCUCCUGCUGACUCUGAACUUAGCUCUGAUCCCCCUCAGAAGCGCUACAUGGGUGUGAGAGUGAAGAUGCCAGUGCGGGAAUUGCUGAGGAAAAUCCGACUUUCCAAAGGCUUGGACCCAGCUCCCGGCAAGGAAGCCUCAUCAGUGAAGAUGGUAACCAAAGGAUCCUCAGGAAAAACAGCAGAGAAGAGAAGAACUCACCCUUAUACAGAGAAACAGCUUAGACAGAGCAAGCAGAGCGCUGGGCAAACCCCCAAAGGCUUGGAGGACCUCGACAUCCUGGUGGAGGUGCUGCAGGAGGAUCUGAGCAAGAGCCAGCUCAGGGAGGAGCCGCAGCAGCCCGUGCCAGGCGGGUUUGGGCAGGGAUUCUCCAGGGAUCUGCAGAGCUGGGAACGCCUGGGGAGCCCGGCAGAGCUGCACCCCCAGCCCUGCUGGGGAGAUUUCCACCCCAUCCUGCGGGGCCAGGCUGAGCCUUCCUCCCCUGGAGAGGGGGAAAGCAUCCCAAGGUCUGGAAUGUUCUCCGGGACGGGCGGCAAAGGGAGCGGCUGGUGGGUGCAGGAUGCUCUGCUGAGCUCCCACCAAGGCUUUGCACAGAAUUCUCCAGCCCAGGAAGGUUUUCCAAGGAAUUCUCCAUCCCAAGAAGAUUUCCCAAGGAAUUCCCCACCCCAGGAAGGUUUCCCCAGGAAUUCUCCAGCCCAAGAAGGUUUCCCCAGGAAUUCUCCAUCCCAGGAAGGUUUCCCAAGGAAUUCUCCACCCCAGGAAGGUUUCCCCAGGAAUUCUCCAUCCCAAGAAGGUUUCCCCAGGAAUUCUCCACCCCAGGACACUCCUGCUCUCCCCAGCCCUGCAGAGCUGCUGUUGGAAUCUCACAGGGGCUCUCCAGAAGUUCAGGGACAUUUGAAGCCAUCCCCAAAUUCCUUCCCCCAGCAGGACCUCUCUGCCCUCUCCUUCUUCCAGUUCCAGCUGCACAGGGAGGAAAUUUUGCUGAGGAACAUCCCAGAGGAGAAGUUGCUGGCUCCUGAUGAAAAUGGCAACAGGCUGCUGCACAAGGCUGUUGCCCAGGGAAGGAGAGCUCUGACUUUUGCCCUGGCCCAGAGAUUUGCAUCCCUCAACAAGAUCGACGAGAAGGAUGCAGAGGAAAGGACUGCUUUACAUCUUGCUGCAGAAAAGAACCAGCACCUGAUGGUGAGUGACCUGAUCUCCCUGGGAGCCAACGUCAACGAGCAGGACAGAGCUGGCAAAACUCCCCUGCACCUGUGUGCAGAGAACGGAUACCUGCGAGUUCUGGAGGUCCUGAAGAGCUGCAAGGAGCACGGGGUGUGUGUGCAGGUGGAUGUGCCUGACCACUGUGGUCUCACAGCCCUGCACUGUGCUGCCCUGGCCCACACCGUGCUGGUGGCAGAAUCGCAGAGCCCAGGCAGGGACAGCAGCGCCGGGAGGUUCCUCAGGCUGCGGAAAAACCAAAUCCUGGAGGGAAUUGUGUGUUUGCUCCAGAUGGGAGCAGAGCCCCAGCUGCAGGUCCUGAAUUCCUGUCCAGCCUCUGCUGCCUGCCUCAGACUGCAGGAGAACACAGAGCUCAUGUGUCUGCUCCAGAGCCAUCAACCCCAGGCACUGGAUGUUCUCCCAGAGAGCUGCAGCCUGCUCGAUGCUCCCAGAGGAAUCCUCGCUCCCCCAGCAGCAGAAAAUUUACCUGAACUUUGCUCCUGGGCAUCCUCAGACCUCCUUGAUGUCCUUCCCAAAGGGAAAUGCUGAGAACUCUCCUCACCUGCACCUGGUGGGCCCCCAGCUGCAAGAGAAUAACCAGAGGACAGACAGUAAAAUACAGAAUAUAUUAUAUCAAUCUUGAACUGACUGCUGGAAAGAUCUCACCUGGACCCAGAACUAAAGAGCAAAGCGAUGAAUGAGGGAAAUCCUCAGUGCAGAAAAUUCAGAAAUUCAGUGUUAGGUGCUCCAGGAAGAAUUAGAUCUUCAUUUUCUCACAAAUUUCUGCUUCCCUGCUCAGGUCUGAGGUGUAGCUGCCCUGCAGUCUGGAGCUCUGAUGGUUUUUCAUGCAGGUGUUCAGCCCAAGAAAAGGAUUUGAACCAUCCAGGGCUUAGUCUCGAGGGUUUCAGUCUAAAAUUCUUCUCUACACUCCAAAUUCAAUGUUCAGACAGACUGAAAAUCUGUCAUUUUAAACACAAGCUCUGGGAAUUCAGAGCCUGAUGAGUUCUAUUUAAUAUUUUCUGCAGUCUGGCUCUGCAUUUGGCCAAGGCUGGAGUGCUCACACUUUAAGGAAGUCUCACAGUGAAGUCCUUCCAAAAUAAAACAUCGUGCUGAGCAUGUUUUUUCUCAACAAAACUCAAGCUUUUUAUUUGUGCAAUCAGAAUUUUGCACCCAUUGUGGGCUGUGGGUGAAGUCUGGGACAAAGUGUUUGGAAUCAGCUCCUUUCUGGCAGAUCUAACAGAGGAUUUUACCUCUGUGAAAUUUAAAAAUACAACAGCAGCUUUGGAAGGAUCGUUUUUUACACAAAGCUGGGAGCAGAACAAGGAGCUGGAAUGAUUCUGAAAACCAAAUUAUUCAGUGGAAUCACUACUAACUAGACACUUUUUAUUUUUAAUUCUUUCUUCCCAGACUGACUCUCCUUUCAUUUUACCUUCUGGUUGCGAGUUUGCUGGUUUCUAUGAAACUUCCCUGUUUGCUACAUAGGGAGCAAUUCUACUUUUACAGAACUUAAACCCAAAAAAACAAAAAAAAAAACCCCAAAAAACUGAUCCAGGAGCCCCUCACGUGUCUCCUGUUGAGGAAAAUGGGAGAUUUCCCACGUGAAACCACUGCAGGAUCCAGUGUUAAGUACUCAGCAUCUUUGGGGAAUGUUUUUAAUGAACCCUUUGGAUUUGCUUCUCAAAAAAAAAAAAGAAAAAAAAAAAAAGUUAUUUUUGUGUUAUGGGGUUUCCUCAAGUGUUAAGCUCCAAGAGCUACAUUGCACAAGGUGAAUUAAUUGGAGAGGUGGCAGUGUUGGAGUGAAUUCCAAUGGGAUUUGGGUCACAGCCUGUGAUCCUGAUAACCUGAACAGCUACAGAGUUCUCUUUUGUGUUUGCUCUAGUCUGAGUGAGACAUAAUAAUUCAUAAUCUUUCAGUAUUUCAUUAAAAUCUAUAUAUAUAUAAUGUUAUUCUCAUGAUGAGUUGCAUAACUCAUCCUCCUCCUUCCCAAGCUUUCCCUCAUGUUUUAAUAAUCUGAAUUCUUUUCUUUUCCCCAGGUUUUAUAGAUAUUUUUCCUCCCUGAUUAUUUCUCUCUGUCCCUCCAUCACUGCUCAUCCUUCCUUCUGUUUUAUUUUAACUCACAUCUCAUUUAACUCGCUUUUUAUUCAUUUGGAGACAAUUAAGGAAGAACUUCUGGGUUAGCUCAGCUUCCAUUUGUGGGAUUGAAGGGUCAGAUCCAGCUCUUUAUUCUCAUUAUAAACUGACCAGGAAAUUCCACAUCACCAGGGUGAAGCAGUGUUGAAUAAAGAACAUCCAUAAGCAGGGAAAAAACCUGAAUUUUCUCAUAGUAUUUCUUUAAAAAACAUAGAAAACUCUCAUUUAUAAUACAUUCAUCAUUAACACACAUUCCUAGAUUAAUGCAGCAUUAAUCUUUUAGCCAUGGGAAGCAUUCAGGUGAAAGGACAGGAGUAUUAAACUGUUCACAUAGAAAUCAUUUAUUCAAUAUACUCAGAGAUGAGCUUGCUUCUACAGAGUAUUCUACCACAGUUAUCCAGCAAUUGCAUUGUUAGUAGAUUGCUUCACAAUGUUUCACUGCUCCUUCCUGCCAAUAAAUACAUUUAUUUCGUGCAAAUACA